GGUGCGCGGGGCAGCGGCGCGUCUUCUAAUCUUCAGUUGUUGUGUUGUUGUCGGUGAAGCAUGGCCCAGGACACCACGCCGAUGGGAUCCACUACCAAACUCGUCACAGAUUCGAACAAGAAGCCGUCAUGUUCGUUCUUCCCUCGUCUCAGCACGAUAUUGGUCGCGUUGAGCCUGACGUUCAGCCUUGGCAACAUCUUGAGGCUACCCAGAGUGGUCUAUAUGCACGGAGGAGGAACGUUCUUGAUUAUCUACAUAGUGGUCACCAUCCUAUUUGGCAUACCCCUGACUUUCCUUGAAAUCGUUUUGGGCCAGUUUUGCCAGCAAGGGACUACAAAAAUAUGGAGGGCAGUUCCUUUACUCAAGGGUGUCGGGUAUGUUAAAGUACUCUGCUCAUUUUUCCUAGCCGUGUACUACCCAGUGGUCAUGGUAAUAUCGUUAUUUUUUGCCCUUUGGAGUAUAAAGGGCCCAUUGCCAUUUCAAGAAUGUGUCUCACUGAUCACAAGCUUGAACCCAAUAACCAAGGAACAAGCAGCAAAUUCAGCCAGUGAAUCCUGCUUAGAAAAAACAUUUUUGAAGUCCUUGGACAAGGAUCCCAUGUGGUUUGGAGUCAAUGUGACUCUUCUUUUCCUUAUAUGGGCGUUCAUCAUGCUUUGUGUAUCUCGAGGAGUAAAGUCAUACAGGAUAUCUGCAUUUUGCCUUGGGAUCCCACUGAUAGGUGGAUUAAUCGCCUUACUAACACAACAACUUACGAUCGACAUGAAAGGCUUGUCAGACUUAUUCAAACUAAGCUUGGACCCAGUCUGGAAAUUCGAUACUUGGUAUUAUGCUGUUGUCCAAUUUUUCUUUUCGACCCAUAUUGGAUUUGGAAAUAUAACAACAUGCUCUGGAAAUAUUUACUCAAAAAGCAAUGCAUUUUGGACUGCUUUUCUCUACAUUCUCUGUAAUGUGGUUAUCGGUGUUGCUGGUGUAUUUUUGGUAUAUCUUUGGCUUGGAAGAAUCGCCAUUUCAGAGCACCUACUCGAAGUGCCGUUAUUGUUUGUCAUGAACGUUAUUUACAACAUGGGCUCUUGCUGUUUUGGCGAAAAUGGUCAAAUUUGGGCCAUGGCUGCUUUUGUCCUUUUGAUCUUUUCAGGAUUUACCAGCAUGGUCGCCCUUGUAUACACUAUAGCCGUAUCCGUGAGUGUCGAAUCGAAAAAUAAAUGGAGGUCUUGGAUGAUUACCGGUUUGACUUGUGCCAUUGGAUUUAUCAUCGGAGUUGCCAUAAUGCUUCCAGAAAAAUUAAAAUUUCUUCACAUGCUUGAUUAUUAUGUGAUUGGGCACAUGGUCGCAAUGUCGACCGCUCUCGAAUUGAUCGGUUUUAUUUGGAUAUAUGGAAUCAAUUCAAUCCGCAAUGAUUUUGAGUUUGUUCUUGGAUACAAACUCUCCAAAUUUUGGAAUACAAUAUGGUUCACCACACCCAUAUUCUUGGUGGGUAUUGAAAUUGCUUCAUUGUUCUUUUUACCUUUGACCGGCGAAGAUCAGAACGCUGACGACUACUGGGUCUACCUCACAGGUUGGGUGCUAUACGGAUUCCUUUGGUUUAUAAUCGUUGUCAUAGCAAUUUGGCAGAUAUCUGCCCAAGUUGAUUACAAUUUUGGCCAGAAAUUAUUAAGCAGUCUGAAGCCUACUAGAAACUGGGGCCCGGUAGAUCCGAUUUGCCGACACAGCUGGGUGCAGUGGAGAGAUUCUUAUCAAGCGACUGGUGAAAGAGAUUUCACACUUAAACGAAGAGGGACGAGAGAUUAUACACACUCGAUAAAAUCAGAAAACAGAUACAAUACAAUGUCCCUUCCCCGAAACCCUUCGCAGUAUGUCGUCUCGCUCCCUGAUGGCGUCGACCUAUCCGAUCAUCCCUACUGGAGAAGGGACCUUCACACUCCUAAAAAAUCUAAAACAUAGCCUUUUACUGUUCAUUUAGAAUACUGUACGGAACUUUAUAUGUGAUAUAAUUUCUAUUACUCCUUUGGAAAAGUAUUUAUUUUUAAAAAACUCUUAAGUCUUGAAUAGUUUGAAAAUAAUGUAAGGUUUUUAAAUAGACUGUCGCAUUCUCCCCGGGAUUGUAGAUAGAACCAAAGUCUCACAAGUGUAAAUAGACCCGUCAGCAUAAAAUUGUCCGUGUUUUUAUCAAAAAGUCUUGUAUAUACGGUGGUCAUGUCAACUGCCUGGUUGUUUUUAAUGUAAAAAAUGUAUAAUACUCAAUGUAUUUCAUGCACUUGUAAAAAUAUUCGUUGUAUUUACGGUUAACAAAAAAAAACAUGUAUGAAAACUGUUGCAUAGACUUUUAUUUUUUAAGCUGUGGCCAAUGUACAAUGAAUUUCACAAUUUAAAUUUUAGUCAUCACACUAUAUGUUACCUUUUUGUAUUGUGUGUAUAUAAGCUCAAGUUAUUAAUAAAUUAUUUUUAUAAUUUUGUUACGUAAUAAAUACAUAUUCAAGAAGUUAUUGCAACU